UGUCCGCCAUUCCGCCUCCAGCGACCUUCGGGGCCGCGGCGGCGAGCUCCCCCACAUCUCUCGCUCGUCUCUAUCCCUUCCCUUCUCACAACAUCCCGGCACCGAUUAUAUACACCGAAUGCAUAGGAAAUAUACGACAAAUACAGUGACUGAAACAUCAGCGGGACACGUCGUGAUCGUUGAGCGCGUUUGUUGUCUCGGCGGUACACGCAGCAGAGCGGUGCGGGAAAUGGAGGCGGCGGCGGCGGAGGGGACGCGGCCCCGGGCUUCGGGGCGGCCGCCAACACCGCCUCCGCCUCGCUCUCUCGCACGUUUAUACCGCGACUGCCACGACCUCGAGUGGAGUGACGCACACGGGGCCACGAGAGGCUCAAUCCCACUGGGCAGGAUGAAUGGCGAGACGAGAAACGAGGCAGCCGGCGAGGCCCCUGCCACCGCUGACAAGGACGCUGAGGAUGUCUGGUCCAAGCAAGACUUGUUCAUGCUACUGGAGCGCAUGAAGUCUGUCAUCCCAGAGAAUGACAGUAUGAAGUUCAAGACAACGGAGCAACACCUCGAUUGGGAGAAGGUUAAAUUUUCCGACUUCACUGGGGACAUGUGCAAGGAGAAAUGGCUCAAACUCUCCAGCGAGAUUCGUAAAUUCCGGACUCUCACGGAGCUCCUUGUGGAUGCGAAAGAGCAUGUGAAGAACCCCUACAAAGGAAAGAAAAUCAAGAGCCACCCAGACUUCCCAAAGAAGCCGCUCACCCCAUACUUCAGGUUCUUCAUGGCCAAGCGUGCCAAGUAUGCCAAGAUGCAUCCUGAUCUCACCAACCUGGACCUCACCAAGAUCUUGUCUACCAAGUACAAGGAGAUGACCGAGAAGAAGAAGCUGAAGUACAUGGAAGAUUACCAGCGAGACAAGGAGGAGUUUGACAAAGCUAUGGCCAAGUUUAGGGAGCAGCACCCAGACCUGGUGGAGGUUGCCGUGCGCAAGUCAGACGUCCCCGAGAAGCCCAAGACACCACAGCAACUGUGGUACCACCACGAGAAGAAGGCCUACAUGAAGCUUCACCCCGAGAUGAACCUGAAGGAAGUGAACGAGACCCUGAGACGCCAGUGGUCGGUGCUUCCUGAUAAGAAGAGGCUCAAGUGGAUCGCCAAGGCCCUGGAGCUCCAGAGACAGCACGCGUUGGAGCUGAAGGAGUACAUAUGCACACACCCAGAAUAUGUGCCCAACGACGCCAAGUCUGUCCUCUCCAAGGCUGAGUGGCUGCUCAAGGACAAGCACGAUGGACGGCCUACCAAGCCGCCACCGAACGGCUACUCCCUCUUCUGCGCGGAGCUGAUCGCAAGUCUCAAGGAUGUCCCUAGCACGGAGCGCAUGCAUGAGUGCAGCCGGCAGUGGAAGGUGCUCUCGCCCAAGGAGAAGGAUGCAUACCACAAGCGCUGCGAGCAGAAAAAAAAGCAGUAUGAAAUUGAUUUUCAGAAAUUUGUUGAGAACCUGACUGACGAGGAGCGCGAGCGAAUACAAAUGGAAGAACGGGCCAAGGAGGGCGGCAAGAUGGCAAGUCUCGCAACAGCUGCCGCCUUGGGCAAGGACAUAACCAACUCCCCUGGACCCACUAGCGCUGUAGAUCGGCCUCAACGCCCCAUCUCGGCCAUGUUCAUUUUCUCGCAAGAGAAGCGCAAGAAGCUGAGGAAGAAGAACCCAGACCUCCCAGAGAGCGAGCUCACACGACUGCUGGCUCGCCUCUGGAGCGAGCUCUCGGAGAAGAAAAAGGAGAAGUACAAGAAGCUGGAGGCAUCCAUGAAGGCAGACUACGAGCAAAAGAUGCAGACGCAGCUCAAGGAGAAGAAGGAUUCUGCCAGUAACAGCAGUGCCCGACGUGGCCGCAUGCCUGAUCCCCCCAAGACCCCUGAGGAGCUCUUCCAGAUGAGCAAGCUGGACGAGUACCUGGCACGCUUCAAGAAUGACCAAAAGAAGACGACUCGGGCACUUGAGGUGGAGUGGAAGGCUCUUGAGAAGAAGCAGAAGAUGCCCUGGAUCAAGGCAGCAGCUGAGAGCCAGAAGCGAUAUGAUAAACAAGUUGCUGAAAUGAAAACCGCCCCUGUAAAGAAGGCUCACUUUGAGGGGGAACCCAAGAAGCCACCAACGAGUGGCUACCAGAUGUUCUCACAGCAGCUGCUGUCCAACGGGGAGCUGUCGCACAUCACCCUGCGUGAGCGCAUGAUGGAGAUCGGCCGUCGCUGGCAGAAAAUUGGCCAGGGGCAGAAGGACCGCUACAAGCAACUGGCAGAGGAGGCUCAAAAGAAGUACAAGGCUCAGCUCGAGGCCUGGAUAAAGACGCUGCCCGCAGCUGAUAAAGCCCUGUACAAGGAGUUCGUCACAAAUAAGCGAAGAGGUUCAGCAAAGCCCUCAGCCGUAACCGCAAAAGCAAAACCGGCGAACAAAAAAUCGAAGAAAGAUCAAGAGGAGUCUGAGGAUGAAGAUGAUGAGGAGUCAUCAGAAGAUGAAGACGAUGAUGAGGAGGAAGGGGAUGGCCAGGAGGAGUCUUCAGAGGGAGAUAAUGACAGUGAUGAUGAUGAUGACGAUGAAGAUGAUGAUGAUGACGAUGAGAAUGAAGACGAUGAUGAAGAAGAUGGGGAGGAAGGCAACAACAACAGCAGUGACAGCGAAUCAUCGUCCGAAGAGGGAUCCGAUUCGGACUCUGACUGAACCCAGAAAUGUUGGCCAAAAUGUCAUUCCUGGCAGCGGUGCUCCUCAUAGUAACAAAAUGAACUUCAAUAAAUGUAACUGAUCAGGUGGUUUAAUUCUUGUCUCAUGUGGAGCAUCACUUAAAUGUCACUUUAUUUUACUCGCCAUGUUUCAAUUGGUUUUGGCAAUGCUACAGGACAGCAAAGUCCGGCAACAUGACCAGAUGCCUAUGUUUAAGGGGUAAUUUAUAGAAUGGGUACCCAAUUGCGGCCAUUGUCAUUAGUCUUUUAUUUAUGGUCAAUAGGGAGAAAUAAUCCCCCAAAACCUUUUACACAUGACUAGUUGGCCUCUGGCUGCAUCUGUGGCACGAAAGGUAUGGUGCCUGAUGGAGGUAUUUUACUCUACGCUUAUAUUAAAUUGGGAGUUAAACCUCUGCAGGGGAACUGCCUCUUCAGGGUCAUGCCCUUCCUCGUUAUGCCCCCUUACUCCUGAGGGCCCAACCUCUUUCUAUUUAGGCCCCAGCUCUUCCUCGUUUAGUUUCACGCCUUUCCUUUACAGGACCCACCCCUUCUUUAGGCCCUGCCCCUUUCCUCCAGACACAAAGCUUAGGCUGGGUUUGGGAAGUGGUGGGGGGGUUGUGGAAGGACUGGAGGGGUUGUGCCGUGGUGGGUGGGGACAGUCGGGGUAGGGGUAGGGUGCCUUCACUAAGAUGUCCAACAUCCCUCUUUGAACAUCAUAGAUAAGUUAUCUUAGCGUCUAUCAUCGUAUAUCUUGGCCAUCGCAAUUUUACAUUUUUAAUUUCGCCUAAUAACGUCAAAGAUUGUUACAUAGGAAGAAAGUGCUGCAUUGUGUUUGAAAUACAUGAGACAGUGGCAUGAUUAAAAGUUUGUGGUGUGUUGGUGAAGGGAAGGCCUGACCAAGACACGUCAUUAUACAUUUGUCAUCAUGCAUGGCUGAAAUCUGUUAAGUGAGCUGGCGGCUGAUGCACCAUACUGGGUGAAGGUUUAUUAUCCACCAAGUAUGCGAAAGGUUCAGUGUCAAGUCCUGCCUGCCCGCAGGCUUCUUUAAGUUAAAAUACUGUAGAUCAAAAUGGAAUUUGUUUCCAUUUUACAUUUAAGCGAAAAGGCGAAUUGGUGAUUUCCUAGAGCGUGUAUAGCAUGCAGGUACGUCUGUGUUACCGAUUAACACCACCUGGUAUACGUUAAUUGAAAUUCAUAAAACAAUCAGGUUAAAUUGUAGCUGUGUUUUUGUAAUUGUUUUCAUUCCCCUUCGCUUUUGUUUGUAAGGACUGUGAAGCUUUUUUUCAAGCUAACAAAACAAGGAAAACUCAUUUUGAAAGUAAAAUACACGAGCUUCACAACAAGUUUUUGACCAUACAUCAGUCCAGAGUAUUUCCUUUAUCACUUGGUUGUUGCUUGCAGAUGGUCAUUUACAUUGUUACUUAAUUUGUAUUUUUUGUUGCACAUUUAUUUUACAUGUGUAAAUAUUUUCGGUAAAUAAGUUCAGCUCGUUUUUUUAAACAGUGUAAUUUGUAUCAUUGGUCCCUCCGUUGAAAUGUGGGUGGAACCACAAUAGUUAUUCACAUCUAAUUUAGCUUAUGAUAAUGGGCCAAUGUGUUUUUUAUUGUUUUAUCAUUAGAAGUAAAAAUCACCUGACCAAGCAAAACAACUCUUUAUAUUCGCUACCUGUUUAAAUAAAACAAAAACAUGAACUAUUACUUAUUUUUGUUUAAAGCAAGGGCCAUGUUUAUAAAUAUUUUUUAAGAUUUUUUAAAUCUUUGCAAAAUCGUUUUGUGUGUGGGGCAAGUCACCUUGCACAUAUUUUUCCUGACCUGUACGUAAAAGUGGUAGCACAGUAGGUGGUGUCAACAUGUUAGGCGUUCCUCAGUUUUAUACAUACAAAAAAAGGAAAAAUAUUGGUGUUAUCAUUUUAUUAAAAAUGUAAUGUGAUUGUAAGAUAUAGAAACAUGUUUGAAUACUUGCAUGCUGAUAUGUAAGAAACGUAAAAUAAAUAACUAAAGGUUACAUUUUACAACAAGUCUGUUACUGUUAAGGCUCGCUUUUAGGAAAUUAAGGCGCUUGUAAGGUACAGGUGUGUCCGUUCAGUAAGAAAUUUCUCCUAUCACAAAUCACUCCAGACCUCACUCAUUCAAUGACCUGGCUGCAGCUGUAGCUUUAGGCAAUAACAGCGUUAUGUUUAAUAUCUUCCUUUUUAAGUAAAUGGAGGCUGGUCACUUCCAUUAUUUUAAGAAAGGCUUGUACCAACAAUCACAAAGGUUGGCUGUGGCAAUAUUCUAAUACUAAAUAACCAGUCUUAAAAAUUGAACCCUCAAAAUGUAUUGCUCACAACAGAAUGGCAUCAGUUUCAACAGCGGCAUGUUCAGAUAUGAAAAUUCCGUGUUCCAUUUUUAUGCAUCAGUUGUUACAUUUAAAAUCUCAGUCUUGGUUCAUCUAUGAACAUUUACACUGCCUACUUUUAAAGCCCUGCAUUAUCUCCCCACUUGUGGUUUUCUCAUCUGUUGACUUUAAAAUAAAAGUGAACCAAACUUAGGUGGUUUUCUCAUCUGAUGAAUGGUGCACAAACGUGUAAUUCCAUUAUAAAUCCAAAUUGUUAAGAAUAUUUGAGUAAAUUUUUAUUUAGAAGCAUAACUGUAAUAGAAUGUCAUCUAUGCAUUGGAAAAGGUCAUCUUUUAAACGUGAUCGGGGUUAAUGACAAGAAUUUUGGCAUAAAACGUAUACAUGGCCUGACCCAAAACGUAGGGGGUCAUAUUGGAAUAUUUCAUUCACUUCGUUGUUGGCUUAAAUAAAGGGACUGCAUUUUUGUGUCUGACAUUGCAAGGUUUGGACGCAAGGUGUGUUUUCCUUUGCAAGUUUGAAUGAACACUUUUAAGAAGCUGUCAGCAACUCCCAUUGGCUGCGUUUCAGUUAAUUUUCUAAACACAAGUAAGGCCCUGCUUUUUGUAUUAUGUAAUCGAAAUGUUUUAUUGCCAUUUUCACUGUGCUCAUGAAACUUAAGAUCAAUUGUGAGUCUUCACAUUGUAGAUGUGAAUUUUCUGUCUUCAUUUAGCUUAUUAAAACUGACAUCUUAGUGGACGCUGUUUUGCUUCUUGGGUGAGUUGUAUACGGAGCUUAACUUUUGACAAAAUCUACAGGAAUUGCCACACGAACAGAUCUUUGAACAUGGAUUCAGGGCUUCUGAAAUAUGUGGGCAUUUGUAUAUACAGUAAAUAAAGCCAGAACAGUUUUCCAUUUAUUUGAAAUGUGUUAAUUCUUUGAAGAUCUCUGCCCUUUCAGCAAGUGUUUCAUUUGAUGUGUAUGGCUUUUCAGAAUGUUGGUAUUUUGUCUGAGGGCUUUGCAUACAUUUUACUGAGAUUUUGAUAAUACCGUAAUUGUAGAUUUUAUAUACAAAAAAAAUCUGCCUUUUUCAAGUUUUCUGUCUUAUCAUAUAGACUCUUUUUUUGACUGGAACUGUAAUACCGACUUUAAAAUAAAAGUGAACAAAACUUCAAA